AAAAGAUCGAUAGGGUUUCAUUCUACAGAUAUAUCGAGACUCCCCUUGUGCUUCCUUCUUCUUCUUCUUCUUCUUCGUCUUCGUCUUCUUUGUAUUGUCGCGACUUAAGAGAGAAACCACAAAAGAAAAGUUUCGUUAUUUCCUUUCAGAUCUAAGAGAGUGAGAGAGAGAGGCAGCUUUUUCGGCUGAUAGAGAUGAGCAGCAAGGUCGGCGUCGUUGGCGGCGGCGGAAGUGCCGGAGCUAGGAAAGCCAAUAACGGAAUUCACGAUAUUCCGUCAGGGUCUAGAAAAAUAGUACAAAGCUUGAAGGAAAUUGUAAACGCUCCCGAGGCUGAGAUCUAUGCUAUGCUUAAAGAGUGCAAUAUGGAUCCUAACGAAGCCGUUAAUCGCCUCCUCUCUCAAGACCCAUUUCACGAGGUCAAGAGCAAGAAAGAAAAGAAGAAAGAGACGAGGGAUGUACCGGAUUACCGGCCUCGUGGUACUAAUAGCACGUAUAACCGUGGUGGUGCUAGAGGCGGUUCUGAUCGUUAUGCCGGACGAGGUAGAUCUACCAAUUACAUCUCUACUGAUUCUGGAAACUUCCAGGGAAAAUCUACAAACAAGAAAGAGAGUGGAACACAGGGUUACACAGCUCCCUGGUCUUCUGCUUCUGGAGUGGCGAACCACCAUCAAACACAAAACAGUGAUUCUGUUGCUGCCGAAAAUAAAUCGUCAUCUGUUACCUCGGGUGAUGGAAUAUCAUCAUCACAGUUGGCUUCUGGACAUCAAACUGCAUGGUUUGGCGCUCCAGGCCAGAGGUCUAUGGCUGAUAUUGUGAAGAUGGGUAUACCACAGAACAAGCCAGUGAAGCAAAAUGUCAGUAUGCGUUCUGAGAUAAGUCAUGAACAUGAAAUUAGUGCAAAUCAGCAGGUCCCUGUUAGAGAUGAAUGGCCAUCGAUUGAGAAGCCACUGGCUCCUCGUACAUCUGUAUCAGUAGCACCAGCAGAAUCAGAGGUAUGCAAUGGUCCAGCUGAUUUCCAAUCCGAUAGAGGAGAUCAACAUCUGAAAGACCGGUUAGAAAAUAUACAUUUAGCAGAAAAUGACCCAGUCGAACAUGUGCAAGCUGACUCUGUUCAAGAAGAAGACUCUGCAGUUUCAUCCGAAUUUGAUGAUCCUUAUCAGACACAGAGCCAUCGAGUAGAGCACCACAAAGAUGACGAUGAUGUUUCGUCUCGUCCACUCAAUUUUCAACAACUAACCAUAGAUAGUCAUGAUCAAGAAGCCUCACAUGAAGAAGAUAGACCUGCUGUUGUAAUUCCGAACCAUUUGCUAAUCCAUACAGAAGAAUGCUCACAAUUAAGUUUUGGAAGCUUUGGAGGUUUUGGAUCUAGACCUUUGAGCAACAACGUUGAAGAGACUUCUGAUGUAGCUCCACCAAUCGAACAUUCAGAUGCAAGAAAUACUGAGUACUAUGGAGAUGAACAUCUUGAAGGUAAAGCCAAUGAAAAUAUGGUCCAGGCACCUGCUACUGAAAAUUAUGAUGAUUCUUUAGAAUCGAGGCGGGAGGUUUUGAAGCAAGAAAUCUCUGAGGGCACUCAGGAGCACCAGUACACAUUUUCCCAGUCUGAGCCAGGGUAUGCGUAUGAAAAUGCUAAGCAGCAGCAGCAGCAGAUGAAUACUGCAUAUGAUGCCUCACAGACAAAUGCACAGAAUCAGAUGCAGAAUCUUGCUUCGUUAUCAAAUAUGAUGCAGGGAUAUACACACUCAGUUCCCAGCAACACUUUAUUGGCACAAACAGUACAAAACGUGAGGGAACUUGAGUACCAGUUUUCACCUUUCUCAGCACAGUCUCUGCAGUCAAGAAAUAGCAACAAUGCUUCAUCACUUGGUGGCCAAAGCAUUUCCAUGCCAGAGUCUCUUCGAGGCAGUGGAAUUCCGGCAACGCAGCCAACGCAGCAAACUUUACCCGGUGCUAAUAUCGCUACUGGACCAGCUCUUCCUCAACAGCUUCCAAUGCAUCCCUACUCUCAACCCACAUUGCCUCUAACGCACUAUGCAAACAUGAUCAGUUAUCCUAUAAUGCCUCAGAACUAUCCAUACAUGCCAUCUGCUUUCCAGCAAACAUUUGGUAACAGCUCAUACCACCAGCAACUAUCUGCCUCACUGCUUCCGCAGUACAAAACCAAUGUCUCUCCCGGUAAUUUGCCUCAGUCUGCAACAGCGCCUGCCUCUGCUUAUGGAUUUGGAAACUCAACCAAUGCUGGAUCUGCUGGAAACUUCCCUCCUAACCAACAGUCUGCUCCUACGGGAACAACACUUGGUUAUGAAGAUGUUCUUAGUUCUCAGUAUAAAGAGAGUAAUCAUUUGCUGGCACUUCAGCAGCAGCAACAACAGCAGAACGAAAACUCGGCGAUGUGGCAUCACGGUCAUGGUUCCAGAACCAUGUCAGGUGUCCCGGCUAACACGUACUACAACCUCCAAGCACAGCAGCAACUACACCAGCAACAACUACAACAACAACAACUACAACAACAACAACAGCAGACCCAGCAAGCAGCGGGAGGGUAUCGCCAAGCGCAGCAGCAACAACACCAUUAUGGAUCUCAUGGGUACCCAAAUUUCUAUCAGUCCCAAACUGAAAUGUCACUGGAGCGCCAGCAGCAAAACCCUAGGGAUGGUGGUGGGUCUCAGGCAGGUCAACAGUCAAACCAAACCCAGCAGCUCUGGCAAAACUCGUACUAAAAAAUAAAAGAAAGAGAGUGGUUUUUAUUCAGCUUCUUUCGGUUAUAGAGGAUUGUGUGGCGAGUCUGAAGAGGAAAAAACAUGGGUCUGUCUGUUUGGGAAUGUAAUUUAUCAUCAUCUUUUGUCUCCUCUGUUAACUUAGGGAACACACAACUCUGAAAUGUUGUUUGAAUCUUAAAACUUUUUUUUUUUUUUUUAACUCUUGCCUCAGUACUUUUUCUGUCUACAUGUUGUCUGAAUCUUGAAGCUUCAUCUAAAUGUUGACUAAAUGUUGUUUAAAAUUCA